UCAAUGGAGACAUGGAGCCCGAGGCCGGCGCUGGCGCCGCGGCCUCUUCGGUUGCGGACCCGGCCAUUCCUGAAGAGGUGUGGAAUAUCAAGCAAAUGAUUAAGUUGACACAGGAACAUAUAGAGGCACUGUUGGACAAAUUUGGUGGGGAGCAUAAUCCACCAUCAAUAUAUUUGGAGGCCUAUGAAGAGUACACCAGCAAACUAGAUGCCCUCCAGCAAAGAGAGCAACAGCUUUUGGAAUCCCUGGGGAAUGGAACUGAUUUUUCUGUUUCUAGCUCAGCAUCAAUGGACACCGUUACAUCCUCCUCCUCUUCCAGCCUUUCAGUGCUACCUUCAUCUCUUUCAGUUUUUCAAACUCCCACAGAUGUAUCACGAAACAACCCCAAGUCACCACAAAAACCUAUCGUUAGAGUCUUCCUGCCCAACAAACAGAGGACAGUGGUACCAGCACGUUGUGGUGUUACAGUUCGAGACAGUUUGAAGAAGGCACUGAUGAUGAGAGGCCUCAUCCCAGAGUGCUGUGCUGUCUACAGAAUUCAGGAUGGAGAGAAGAAGCCAAUUGGUUGGGACACUGAUAUUUCCUGGCUUACUGGGGAGGAGCUGCACGUAGAAGUGCUAGAGAAUGUUCCACUUACAACACACAACUUUGUACGGAAAACUUUUUUCACCCUAGCUUUUUGUGACUUUUGUCGAAAGCUGCUUUUCCAGGGUUUCCGCUGUCAAACAUGUGGUUAUAAGUUUCACCAGCGUUGUAGUACAGAGGUUCCACUGAUGUGUGUUAAUUAUGACCAACUUGAUUUGCUGUUUGUCUCCAAGUUCUUUGAGCAUCACCCAGUACCACAGGAGGAGGCCUCCUUAGCAGAGACUGCUCUGACAUCCGGAUCCCAUUCUGCACCCCCCUCAGACUCUAUUGGGCCCCAAAUCCUCACCAGUCCAUCUCCUUCAAAAUCCAUUCCAAUUCCACAGCCCUUCCGACCAGCAGAUGAAGAUCAUCGAAACCAGUUUGGGCAACGAGACCGGUCCUCAUCAGCUCCCAACGUUCACAUAAACACAAUUGAACCUGUCAAUAUUGAUGAUUUGAUUAGAGACCAAGGGUUUCGUGGUGACGGAGCCCCCUUGAACCAGCUGAUGCGCUGUCUUCGGAAAUACCAAUCCCGGACUCCCAGCCCCCUCCUACAUUCUGUCCCCAGUGAAAUAGUGUUUGAUUUUGAGCCUGGCCCAGUGUUCAGAGGGUCAACAACAGGCUUGUCUGCUACCCCACCUGCCUCAUUACCUGGCUCACUCACUAAUGUGAAAGCCUUACAGAAAUCUCCAGGACCUCAGCGGGAAAGGAAAUCAUCAUCAUCCUCAGAAGACAGAAAUCGAAUGAAAACACUUGGUAGAAGAGAUUCGAGUGAUGAUUGGGAGAUCCCUGAUGGACAGAUUACAGUGGGGCAAAGGAUCGGAUCUGGGUCCUUUGGAACUGUGUACAAGGGAAAGUGGCAUGGUGAUGUGGCAGUAAAAAUGUUGAAUGUGACAGCGCCCACACCCCAACAGUUACAGGCCUUCAAAAAUGAAGUAGGAGUACUCAGGAAAACAAGACACGUAAACAUCCUACUCUUCAUGGGCUAUUCUACAAAGCCACAGCUGGCUAUUGUUACCCAGUGGUGUGAGGGCUCCAGCCUAUAUCAUCAUCUCCAUAUAAUCGAGACUAAAUUUGAGAUGAUCAAACUUAUAGAUAUCGCACGACAGACUGCACAGGGCAUGGAUUACUUACACGCCAAGUCAAUCAUCCACAGAGACCUCAAGAGUAAUAAUAUAUUUCUUCAUGAAGACCUCACGGUAAAAAUAGGUGAUUUUGGUCUAGCCACAGUGAAAUCUCGAUGGAGUGGGUCCCAUCAGUUUGAACAGUUGUCUGGAUCUAUUUUGUGGAUGGCACCAGAAGUAAUCAGAAUGCAAGACAAAAACCCUUAUAGCUUUCAGUCAGAUGUGUAUGCAUUCGGGAUUGUUCUAUAUGAACUGAUGACUGGCCAGCUACCUUAUUCAAACAUCAACAACAGGGAUCAGAUAAUUUUUAUGGUGGGACGAGGAUACCUAUCUCCAGAUCUCAGUAAGGUACGGAGUAACUGUCCAAAAGCCAUGAAGAGACUAAUGGCAGAGUGCCUCAAAAAGAAAAGAGAUGAGAGACCACUCUUUCCCCAAAUUCUCGCCUCUAUUGAGCUGCUGGCCCGCUCAUUGCCAAAAAUUCACCGCAGUGCAUCAGAACCGUCCUUGAAUCGGGCUGGUUUCCAAACAGAAGAUUUUAGUCUGUAUGCUUGUGCUUCUCCGAAAACACCCAUCCAAGCAGGGGGAUAUGGAGAAUUUGCAGCCUUCAAGUAGCCACUCCAUCAUGGCAGCAUCUACUCUUUAUUUCUUAAGUCUUGUGUUCAUACAGUUUGUUAACAUCAAAACAGUUCUGUUCCUCAAAUCUUUUUUUUAAAGAUACAAAAUUUUCAAUGCAUAAGCUCGUGUGGAACAGAAUGGAAUUUCCUAUUCAACAAAAGAGGAAAGAAUGUUUUAGGAACCAGAAUUCUCUGCUGCCCGUGUUUCUUCUUCAACACAAAUAUCAUGUGCAUACAAGUCUGCCCAUUCCCAGGAAGAAAGAGGAGAGACCCUGAAUUCUGCCCUUUUGGUGGUCAGGCAUGAUGGAAAGAAUUUCUGCUACAGCUUGGGAAAUUUGCUAUGGAAAGUCUGCCAGUCAACUUCACCCUUCUAACCACCAGAUCAGUUUGUGGCUGGUCAUCUGAGGGGUGAUUUCAAUCACCAAGCAUCGUUCUUGCCUGUUCUGGGAUUAUGUUGUGGAGCACUUUCCCUAUCCACCACUGUUAAUUCCUGAGGGGUGGAGUAAAUGCAGCAUACCCCUUGUCCUCAACCAGUGUUAUCACAGUAAAGUUCUUUCAAUUUAAGUGGAGGGUGAGAGGUGAGGAGAGACUGCGUUGGGGGCAGAGAAAAGGGGAUGCUGCAUCUUCUUCCUCACCUCCAGCUCUCUCACCUCAGGUUGCCUUGCUCACUGGGCUCUGCCUAACCACUUGGGCUGGUCAGUGCUGGCACACAUUGCCUUCUUUUCUCAUUGGGUCCAGCAAUGGAGGUGAGGGUUGGGGAAUUGUUUCCUCCACAAUGUAGCAAAUUCUCAGGAAAAUACAGUCCAUAUCUUCCUCUCAGUUCUUCCAGUCACCAAAUAACUUAUGUGGCUGCUUUGUCCAGGACAUAAAAUGCCAUGGACAGCAUCUAAUUAAGAGCCUACAAAACUGCUUACUGACAGUUUUGAAUGUGAGAAAUUUGUGUAAUUUAGAUGUAAGGUACAGGUUUUAAUUUCUGAGUUUCUUCUAUUUUUAUUUUAAAAAAGAAAAUUUUCAGGUUAAUUGGAAUAAACGAAUACUUCCCAUAAGAACAUAUAUCCUGAAAAUUAUAUUUUUGUUAACUGUAAACGACUUUUAAAGAAUGGUUAUUAUCCUUUUCUCUGCCUGCAAUCAUGGGAAAUCUAACAUAAUAACAGUUAUUUAUACUUUUUAAAUUAAUGGUACUUGCUGGAUCCACACUAACAUCUUUGCUAACAAUCCCAUUGUUUCUUCCAACUUAACUCCUACACUACAGCCUACAUCCUCUUUCUAGUCUUUUAUCUAUAAUAUGCAACCUAAAAUAAAAGUGGUGGUGUCUCCAGUCAUUCUCCUUCUUCCUUUUUUCCCCAAGCCUGGUUUUCAAAAGGUUGGGUAACUUGGUAGCUGAGUUCCCCUGGUAGAAAUAGAACUAUUAGGAAUAUUGAAGUUGUAGGAAAGUGUGAGGCCUAUCACCAGUUUUGAUAGACCCUAAGUCUUAUUUUUGCACAAAUCAAAACUACAACCUAGUCACAGCUUCCCUUGGCCUUUAUUUAAAGGUAAUAUAAAAUUACCAUAGUAGCAAAGAAAGUGACUGAAUGUAUUCUUGGCCAGUAUCCCUCUUACCCAGGAAUCUUGAAUCUCCAGGAUUUAGGAAUGCAAAUUAAGGAGAUAUACUUAGCAACUACAUUAUAGCCAAGAACUUUAAAAAUACUAUGAAAUCUAAAAUAAAGUAGAAUUUUAAAUUUCAAAUUAUAACUGAUCCCACUAUAUAUUUAAGCCUACUCACAGCAGUUAAGAGAUUUUUUUCUUUCCUAAACUGUCUGUCAUCGAUGGGUGGUGGUAGUGCACGCCUUUAAUGCAAGCAACUCGGGAGGCAGAGGCAGAUGGAUCUCUAUGAGUUCAGGGCCCACCUGGUCCAUAGAGCUAGUUGCAGGACAGCCAGUGUUAGACAAAAAACAAAAAACAAAAAAAAUCUGUCAUCAAAGCAAGGCCUACUGAAAACUUUAUAAAUUCCCAGUAAGUUGGAAAAUAUUCUAGUUACUAAUUAGGAACAGUGUGUAGGACAUUGUCUUAAAAUUUUUAGAAACUGAAAAGAUAAAAAUGAUUCAUGCUUGAUAUGUGGCACAUUGAAAGGCAUUAUUACCCUUUUAAAUGCUUAUUAACAUGGCUUUGUUUUCCUUACUUAGAAUUAGCAAGGAAGCCAGACUUUGUCCCUAUAUGCACAUUAGGUCCUGCUGAGAGUUAGCGCCCUCAAGGCAUGCCUUGCUGCAGGGCCACCUCAGUCCUGGAGGAUGAAGCCAGCACUUAAGGAGGGAAACUUAGCAUGUGAGCGGUGGAGACAAAACUCAAAAGGACAGACUUCUUCCUCUCAUUUUAACAUAGGUUGCUAUCUCACUUGAAAAGGGAAAGUAGAUUUGAUAGUAAAUAAAGCUGUGCCCAGAAACCAGGCUCAGGGUGUUGAGAGAAAAUUUUUUUAAUAGAGUAUAAAAUAUAGAAAUAUUUAAACCUUCCUUCUUAUUUUCUAUCAAAUAGCUUUUUUUUUUUCCUUAUCGUUUACAAACAACAUAAGUUUUGUGGGUUUUUUCCUUUUUUUUUUUAAUGUUUAGACUUCAGAUGAUCUUGUUGAGCUCCUAAGAAAACUCAAGGAAGUCCUUGUUUGUGCAGAGCACUUUAUGAGUACCUGUGUAGACGGCAUGUGGCUGCUUCACUCCCGUAAGGCUGGAGCGUGCCUCCUGGCAUCUGUUUUGUUUUGCUUAGGAGUGAAGUCUUUAAAUGGUUUGAGAUCAACUAUAGAGAAUUGUUUUUAAAUAUGUAGUACUCCUGAUGGUCUUUCUCACUGUUAAGCUAUACGACCCAAACUUUUGCCAUUGAGAUAUUACUAACCUCAAAAUGUAUAUAAGGAGUUUGUGAAUAGAAUAUCCAAUGUGAUCAUUUGUACUUAUAUGCGUCUUCAAUGAAGAUUCUGUGUAACAGUCAGAUUCCGGUUCCUGAACAGCCCAUCUCUAACUAUAUUUGAGGUCGGGGAGGGCAUAAUGAGGCAUCCUAAAAGAUAGUCUGAUAUAAACUGUAUGCUAGAUUUAUGCUAGUAUGGGAGAAAGCGUUACGUAAAGACCUAAUUCAAGACUAGAGCACUGUCAACCAGAAACCUUGUAAAUACUUCCUGUCUUGGUGCAGCUCCACUCCUUAUGAUGUCUUGUACCUGUCAGGCACUGUUAGAGCUGCUGUGUGUCCCUCUUCAGAUCUCAUCUGUCCCUACUGCACACCCACCUCCCAGCCUCCUGCAAACCUCAGCAUCUAGCUUUAGUUGGAAACAGUUCAGGGUUCAGGUGACCUCUUCAAAAAAACUACCUCCUCAGAAUGAGGUAUGAAUAGUUAUUUAUUUUAAAGUAUGAAAAGUGAGGAGCUCUAGAACAUGAAGAUGUAGGAUUUUAACUUUUAUGUGUACUUGUAGUUGAGCACUCAUUUUGUCCUAAAGGGCAUUAUACAUUUAAACAGUGAUACUGUUUUAAAAUGUUUUUUAAGGUGUAGCUCAGAGUAUCUGUUACUGGAAUUGGUGCCAGUCUGUUUAAUAUAUUUCAGAAUUGUAACUAAGUCGGUCGCAUGAAGUUAAAUAGUUAUGGUAACACUUUGAUAACCAUGAUAUAAUUCUACUUUUCAGUAGUAGGCUUGGCAAAACAGUACACCUUCAUAGUGAGUUGGCCACAGCUUUGUCACAUGCACAGAUACUCAUCUAAGGAGACUGCCCAGCUAAGAGGGUAGAAGGAUACCCUUUUUUCUAAGAUUCUCUUCUUUGUCCAAGUUGGCCUUGUUAGUGCUAGAAUGUCAGCACCUUGGCCAGCAGAUGUCAACUAAUAAGCUAUUUGGAAAAGCACAGGCAGAGAUGGAAGGUUCACUGUGAGUAGACAGCGGGUAGCUUCCAGGAGAGAGACGGUGCAAGGAGGCUCUAAAAAAAUACCUUGAUAAUUUGCCAAAUGAUCUUACUGUGCCUUCAUGAUGCAAUAAAAAAGCUAACAUUUUAGCAGAAAUCAGUGAUUUAUGAAGAGAACGGCAAGUCUGGUUUAACUCCGCUGUGAUAAUAUUUUUUAGAGUGCAAUUUAGACUGUGAAGAUAAAUGCACUAACGAGUUUAUAGCCAAAAUCACAUUAAAAAAUAAGAAAAUGGUAAAUUUUCAGUAACAAAAUUAUUUUUUUAAAGCACAUUAUCCCUAGUAUAGCCAGAAAUAUUUACCACAUAGAGCAACUAGGUUGAAAAUACAGUUCAGUGACAUUUCUAGAGAAACUUUUUCUACUCCCUUAGGCUCUUCAAAGCAUGGAACUUUUAUACUAAAUGUUUGACAUUUUAAGAUACUGCUGUAGUUUAGUGUUGAAGUAGUGUGUGCUGGGCAGCAAUCAUAUACUAACUCAGUGAGAAAAAACAAAUUGUAGAUUUGAUUUGUUUCCAGAGAAAUGCUGCCAACCUAGACACUGAGUUUUCAGAGUUUAAAGUGUAAAUUUGCCUCCCAAGACCUGUUUGCAAGUGAAGUUGGCUAGUGCUACUGACUGCUCUGGUGCAUGGUGGUAGACAGAGGGCUGCCUCUGAAGUGUGUUUUUAUAAAGGGACAUUGGAAGUGAAGACCUGACCGGUGUGUAUAAGCUGGACACCUAUGCUGUGGCAAUUGCAUCUUUCCUCACCAUCCCCAAGAAACUCAGUGUACUUUCCCCACUGUGUCCCAGUUGUUGACUCAGAAACUGAGGUGAAUGACUGAUGCUCGAAGGGACUGAAAUGGUCAGUGUAUUUGUGGUCCACAUGGCCAGCUCUGGUAAAGCUGAAGAUGCUGGCCAGAUGGAUAUUGUAUCAGCUCACUGGACAAUAACUUCAGUAGUUUUAGAUAACUUACUUUACUUCCAUUUGGGCAGAGACGUUUAAAUUAAAAUUUAGUCCUAAUUUUUAUCAUUUGAAAGGAAAAAUUAACAGUUCCUAUGAGGUACUUUUGAGGUAGAAUCUGAAGUCCUAAUUUUAUUUUCUAAUGGAGUUUGCAGCGAGGGCCUGUAUGCACUAGGCAGGGGUUCUACCACUGAGCCACAUUUCCCAGCAUGUAAAAUGUUAACACUUAACACUUACACACACACACACACACAUCUUGUUACCACCUUAGUAAAGUGAUAAAGGUGGACCCUUUAUUUUAGUCUCCACAAGUCUAGCUGUCCCCUUUAUUGAUUGCUCCAUCAGUAUCACUAAACUGUUUACUUUUAUUUAGCUGUUUUGACUAAUUGCAGUGAUAUAACCAGUUGUGCAUGAGGACAACAGCCAGUGUGUUGUUUUUUUGUGGUGCAUUUUUUGUAAAGAAUUCUGUAGAUUGAAGUGCUCUUUGGAAACAGAACUGAAAUAUAUUUGUUCUUGUUAGUAUCAAAAAACAUUUUGUGCAAAUCAUUUGCUUUUCCUGGCAGGCUGACUACAUUAUCCAACACCCAUGAUUGCUGAUUACCAUCAACAGUGUACACACGGGAGACAGAGGGAAAGCAUGGAAGGGUGUGCUUACAGAGCUGGAAUGUGGGUUAGGAGUGAGUUACUUAGUCCUUUUUUGCCUUGAAAAUUUCUGUUGUUUUGAGAUGUUUGAACCCAUAUGUGUUUGGCUGGGCUAUGAGUUACAUAGGAAGAAACUGCAAACUAGCAUAAGCAAACAAAGCUCACAGACUAGACACAAAUGGGGGGGGAAAAGGGACCAAAAUGAGGUGGGAUGACACUUAAAUGUAGGGCUUAUGAAAAAAGUAAGGGUGGAAGAUGAACUACAAUCACCUGAAAUACAUGUAAGAGUGCAAUAAGUGUGCUUCUUAUCUAAGCUGUGAACUUUUUUAAAUCAUUCCUUUCUAAUACAUUCAUGUAUGUUCCAUUGCUGACUAAAACCAGCUGUGUGAACAUCUGCCUUUUUUUCAUGUUAGUUACCAAUAUAAGUGGCUAACCUUGAUGUCUUAUUUAUCUUCGUGUUGUAUUAGUUUACAUACCAGGUAUGUGUCUGUAUACUGUACUCUUCUCCCUUUAUUUGAAAACUUUUCACUGGGUCAUUUCCUUUGGCCAUCCUACAAUACAGCUUUGGUUUGGCUUCCCCGUCACCCUAUUUGAAGGACUGUGUCCCAGUAGCAGAAUACCCCCAUUGUCGGGUGUACUUCUGAUCCUUUGCGUCUACAGCACUUGCCUCUCCUAAGAUAGUGAUACAACCAACUGAUUGGGGAUGGACUUCACCAUUCAUCAUGUCUCUUCGAUUCUAUUUAAUAGACCACUCUUUGGCUUUAGACCAGGAAAAAGGAGACAACUCUAGCCAUCUACCAAGCCUCACCCUCAAAGGUCAUACAUACUUCUUGGUCUGAGGACAAGUCUCCAAUAAGGGAGAGGGGAGGGAAAUGUUUCAUGUUUGAACUGCAGUGAAGUACGGCUCCUGUUUCACCACCUGAACCUAUGGCAACUCAUACACAUUCCUCUGUCUAUAACUGCCAAAGGUUUGGGUUUAUGUCACUUCAGUUCCACUCAAGCACUGAAAAGGUUCUCAUGGAGUCUGGGGUGUGCCCAGUGAAAAGAUGGGGACUUUUUCAUUAUCCACAGACCUCUCUCUACCUGCUUUGCAAAAAUUAUAAUGGAGUAACUAUUUUUAAAGCUUAUUUUUCAAUUCAUAAGAAAAAGACAUUUAUUUUCAAUCAAAUGGAUGAUGUCUCCCUCUUAUCCCUUAUUCCUUAAUGUUUGCUUGAAUUUUUUUUUUCUUACCUAUACCUACUUCCUAAUUAUUUAGUUAUUUUUCCUGCUCAGGUCCCUUCAUUUGUACUUUGGAGUUUUUCUCAUGUAAAUUUGUAUAAUGGAAAAUAUUGUUCAGUUUGGAUAGAAAGCAUGGAGAAUUAAAUAAAAAAGAUAGCUGAAAAUCAAA